GGAAAAGGAAGGGCAGGGCUGACGACCACUGCCGCGCUGGCAGGGGUUAACACCGGACUGUUCCACUCGGGUGGUUCAGGCAGCAAAGGGAGGAGGAAGAGGAGGAGGAAGAUGUCACCCGUCGAUCUGUCAUUUCUCUCUCCCAGUCAGGAUGGGGGACACCACUAGCACCAAACUGGGCCAGUGGUGAGGAGGGGGGUCCGAGGGAAGAGGAUGGAGAGGGUGGGGUGAAGGUGAAGGCAAGCCCUCCCCAAAUAGCCUCCACCCGUUCGGGCUAUCGCCAUGGCGACAAAUUUUAACGACAUCAUCAAGCAAGGCUACGUGAGGAUGAAGAGCAAGAAGCUGGGGAUCUACCGGCGCUGCUGGCUGGUUUUCCGGAAAUCCUCCAGCAAGGGGCCCCAGCGCCUGGAGAAGUACCCGGACGAGAAGUCGGCGUGUCUGCGCGGGUGCCCCAAGGUGACUGAGAUCAGCAAUGUCAAGUGUGUCACCCGGCUGCCCAAGGAGACCAAGCGACAGGCCGUGGCCAUCGUUUUCACCGACGACUCCGCCCGCACGUUCACCUGCGACUCAGAGCUGGAGGCAGAGGAGUGGUACAAGACGCUGUCGCUGGAGUGCCUGGGCGCCCGCCCCACUGACGUGGGCCUGGGAGAGCCCGACCUGCUGGCGCCCGGCGUGCAGAGUGAGCAGACAGACCAGUUUAACGUGUUCCUCCUCCCCUGCCCCAACCUGGACGUUUACGGCGAGUGCAAGCUGCAGAUCACCCAUGAAAACAUCUACCUCUGGGACACGCGCAACCCGCGGGUGAAGCUGCUCUCCUGGCCCCUCUGCUCCCUGCGCCGCUACGGGCGCGACGCCACACGCUUCACCUUCGAGGCUGGACGGAUGUGUGAUGCAGGGGAGGGUCUCUACACCUUCCAGACGCAGGAAGGGGAGCAGAUCUACCAGCGCGUGCACAGCGCCACGUUGGCCAUUGCUGAGCAGCACAAGAGGGUCCUGCUGGAGAUGGAGAAGAACGUUAGGCUGUUGAACAAGGGCACCGAGCACUUCUCCUACCCUUGCACCCCCACCACCAUGCUGCCCCGCAGCGCCUACUGGCACCACAUCACCGGCUCCCAGAACAUGGCCGAGUCCUCCAGCUACUCCGGGGAGGCGUAUGCAGGCGCCCAGGCCAGUUCAGAUACCGACCUCCUCAACAGGUUCAUCUUGCUGAAGCCAAAGUCCUCCAAAAGCGACAAGCCUGAGAGCAGGGAGCCCACAGUGUCCCCGUGAGCCAGCAAGAUGGGAACUGUGGCAGGGGUCCCCAUUUUCAUCCCCUUGGUGGGGCAAGGACACAGGCAGAUGCCCCUCAAAAUCCCCAGGGAGACGGGGCUGUGGCAUCCCCUGUGCUCAGGGGAGCAGGCACUAGGCUCGUGCCCUGGCCCCACAUCCUGGGAGCUGCCCGCUGGUGCCACCUCCACUGACCUGAAUUAUUAUCUUGAAUAUCCGUAUUGUAACAGAUUUUUCCCUUCUCCCAAGAACCCAAACCUCGUGGCUGCUGAAGAUCCCUCACGCAGAGACACUCAAGAGCUUUUUUAAUCUCGGGGGAUCCAGCAGGGAGGUGAAGAAAGGGUUGUGUCAUGAAAUUGGGGGUGUUUUGUGGGGCAGGGAGGCUGGAGCAUCACCCUGCAGGGAACAAAGCAGCACUGGGGGAGGUGGCUGUGCCAGGCUGAAGGCAUCGGAACCCAGCAUGUCACCUCCCAUGAGGAGCAGGGUGCUCCUGGGGACACCCUGCCACCCCCAAGCUGACUUUUGCACUCAAAGCUAUUUGAACACUCGCUGUAGAACUGAGGUGCCUCAGGAGAAACUGGUUUUCCUUCUGGGGGUGGGGAGUCUGCUGGGACAAGGAGCCAGUCAGAGCUGAGCUCCCUGCCCUGCCAUGGCCGUCCAGGGCUGCCCCCACCCCAGCACCCCUUGUUCUUCCACCC